AUGGUCGUCCUCACUCGGGAGACGGACAGACAGCACCCUGGUCAGACUGUGACGGCGCGUACCGGGGCAAUCUCAAGCGAUGAUAUAGACGAGACCACGGCCCUUCUAGGGCCAUCCAAAGUUACCUAUGGGAAUGAGUCCUUGUCAGAAAACCAGAGCGGUGAUUCUGCCACAGAUGCUGAGGAUGAGGAAAAGCCACUUCCCAAAACCCAGAUUCUGCUACUCUGCUAUGCCCGGAUGAUAGAGCCUUUGGCAUUCUUUUCAAUCUUCCCCUACGUGAGCCAGAUGGUUCAAGAAAAUGGGGGUGUUGAAGACACAGACAUAGGCUUUUAUAGCGGUCUUAUCGAAUCAUUGUUCUCUCUCACGCAGGCCAUGGUUAUGAUAUACUGGGGGCGAGCAGCCGAUCGCAUCGGGCGCAAGCCAGUCCUGGUCUAUUCGUUGUUCGGAGUGACACUGGCUACGGGUCUCUUUGGAUUUGCAAAGUCGAUCCCACAGAUGAUUCUGUUCAGAUGCCUUGCUGGCAUUUUCGCUGGAACUAUCGUCACUAUUCGUACUAUGGUGGCGGAACAUAGCACGCCCAAGACUCAGGCUCGGGCAUUCAGUUGGUUCGCUUUCAGUGGAAACUUGGGACUCUUCAUUGGGCCUUUGUUGGGAGGUGCUCUCGCUGCCCCUGCAACCCAGUACCCAGGUGUCUUCGGAGGUGUGAAGUUCUUUGAGGACUACCCUUAUGCACUGUCCAGCCUAGUAGUUGCCCUGAUUGGAGCCACGGCUGCUAUAACUAGCGCUUUCUUCAUUCAGGAGACCUUGAAGAAGGAACCAGCUGCACCCGAAAACAACGGUGGAGAGAUUGCAUUUGACGCGCCGAGUCGACGCGACACCCUCUCGACCAGGCAGCUUCUGAAGUCGCCUGGAGUAGGUGUGGUACUAUACGUGUACGGACACAUCAUGGUGCUCGCUUUUGCUUACACAGCCAUUAUCCCUGUCUUCUGGUUUACCCCAGUGUCUCUUGGUGGUUGGGGUUUCACACCCUUGCAAAUUUCACUGAUGAUGGGCUUGAACGGUGCUGCUCAAGCUGCGUGGCUGCUUCUGGUCUUCCCUCCAUUGCAACAUAAAGUCGGGACGAAAGGUGUAAUCCGACUGUGCGCUCUUGGCUACCCGUUGUUCUUCUUAGGCUCCCCCAUCGGCAAUGUGCUGCUCCGAUGGGGAACCGAAGCAUCAGUUAAUGCCUUUUGGGUCUUCGCGCCGAUCAUGCUAGCCAUGGGAAGCGGAGUCAGCAUGAGCUUCACAGCGAUUCAGCUUUCUUUGAACGAUAUCUCACCUUCGCCGAGGGUCCUGGGCCUUUUGAACGCGUUGGCGAUGACUAGUGUUGCCAGCCUGAGAGCUUUCUGCCCUGCCCUAUUUACCAGUCUCUUCGCGAUUGGAGCGAGGACACAGUUGGCGGGAGGGCAUGCUAUCUGGAUACUCAUGCUUGUACUUGCUUCUGGACUUACAGUGGCAGCAAGAUAUCUGCCAGAGCCGAGGCAGAAGCCUAGGAAUGAUGAAGCGAGAUGA